AUGUGUUUUCAGGCUCAUUUAGAUGCAGCCGGAUUGCUGAUAAAGAAUGUCAGCGAACCUUUACAUGAAGUGUCAAAGUACAAAAAAAGUCAGGCUGAAAAAUUGCAGGCAUUCCGAGAUAACAUCGAAGAUAUGUUAAGUCAAUCUGAACAUCAGUACCAAGAGAAGGAGCAGACAUAUAUGGAUGCAUACGGGGCCUUUAAAAACUGUGGUAGUUUGGACAAUCGAGAGGGACUACGGCAUGAAUUUCACAAUGCGCACAAUGAGUACAUUCUACAAAUACGGGCUUCCAAUAGGCUUAUUGAUGAUUUCCAGUGCACCAUUCCACAAGUUUUAGAGGAGCUUGAUGAAAUUUAUAUUGACACAAGUAAUACUGUAAAUGUUGCCAUAGAGAGCCAUUCCUUGCUUCUUCUCACAAAGGCCAGUGAACAACAACGACAGUUGGAAGCUUUGUUAAAAUGUUGUCGUCAGGUAAACCCAAUGUUGGACAUAUCAUACUUUGUUAAAGCCAUCAACAGCGAAGAGGCAACUGUUACAUUUCAUAGACAUCGAUUUUGUCCUGCUGAUCAUAUGGUCAAUAGUACAGAGGAAUCCAUUAUGAAUCAUUUGAUCAUAGAUAGAAUAACGGAGGUGAUGUUACGUGAGAGGCGGGCAGCCCUACAGAAAGAGGCCCUCGAGCUUGCCUCGUAUAUCAAACAGAAUCAAGAUAUCAAUCAUUCUCUAGUUAAUAUGUGUCAAAGGUAA